GAUCCGAAUGCAUAAUUUUGAAUUUAAUAACUAACUAAAAUCAGCUUGCCAAAAAUCAGAACUUAUCGUGAUUAACAGAGUUAAUCAAUAUUCAAAUAAAUUACCGUUUCAUUUGCUUGUUAAUUUCCUUUUUUGUAUAUAAAUUUUCUUCCCUAUUUUGUAUGGCUUUUGGAUUUUGGGCCCGUGGACAAAGUCCGUAAUUAUGGGUGUGCCAUUUUGCGCUUUCUGCUCAUCUGCGGGUCCGUCCGGUCGGGUCACCAUCACCAUUUCACCCAACCCGAUUAUGUACCCGUUCUCGUCGUCGUCCUCCUCCUCCAUCAACGCGCAAGCAACCCACAACUCUUUCAAACCAGCAGGAUAGAAAGACCACUACCACUCUGAACAAUAAAAUAAUAAUCAAAUCGAAAUAUACAAAAAAAAAAAAAAAAAAAAUCCUGCUGUUCUCAACUCUCUCCCUUCCCUUAUUAGAUUUCUCAUUCCCUUUCUUUCUCCAUUCAUUAAUUCGUUAAUUCAUUCUUCUCGGUUUCUCCUCCCUCCCUCCCCAAAAGCUUCUUCUUCCUUCGUUCUCUUGCGUGGGGGGAUGAUGAUUUGGUCUCCCCUCCCUUGAUCUCCUUCGAACUGCACCACCAUCGCCGCCUGUUGGAUCUGACGUCCUCCUAAAGGUUCGUUCACUUCCCCUUUCCUCUGCCUGAUUUCUUUCUUUCUUUCUUUCUCGUUUCGAUUUUUGGCGAUGAGCCUUGAUCGCUUGUGAACUUCAGUUGAUUACUCCGAUCUGAUCUGCUUAUUUGAGCUCACAGCUCACUCGCUGUUUGGUUUCUUCUUCUUCUCCCGAUCGAUUCUUGUUUAAAUUGACGCCGCUUGCUUAAUUUAGCUUAUUAUAGACCGUGAAAGAUGAAAUGCAGUAAUGGAGGUAGCGAAGAAACAAAGAAAAAGCAGGAUUCCGGAUCUACGCGUCUUUAUGUCUUUCCUUUCUCGCCGUUUUUUCCCCCCUUCCUUUUCCUACGGGAUACCACCUCCCUUAAUUUUCUCGGGAAAAUUCCGGCGGAAAAGGGAAAGCUAUAAGUAAAAAAGCAAAAAAAGUAAGAGAAAAUUUCCGAAUCAAUGAAUCAUUAUCCCCUGUUUUAUCAUUUGAAUUAGAAAGACGGGGAGGCACUUGGUUGGGUUGUUUUUGUCAUGUGAGGGUUGGCUAGGGUUUAGAGAUGAAUCAGUGAAGUGGUGCACUUGUGCUUAGAAAUGGGAGCUGGCUGAUACUGUGUUUUCUUUUCUUUUUUGAAUAGAAGCCGUUGAUAUUGAUGUUGGUAGAUUUUGAUUUUGGUUGGCAGGAUCUUCUGAGCAAGACAGAAUUUGGGAUUAUCCAAACCUAGGAAUUUUUGGGAAUAAUUAGAUUUUGGGUUGGGGGGUUUAAAGAUUUCGUUGUUGAGAUGGCUUCCAAGUCGUUCAAAGGGAGCAGAUCGAACCUAUCCAUCAGUUCAGAUGCGACGGACUCUCAGAAGCCUCCCCUCCCGCCGACGGUGACAUUCGGGAGGAGAACGUCGUCGGGAAGGUACGUGAGCUACUCGAGGGACGACCUGGACAGCGAGAUCGGAAGCAGCGACUUCAUGAACUACACGGUCCACAUCCCGCCGACGCCGGACAACCAGCCGAUGGACCCUUCCAUCUCGCAGAAGGUCGAGGAGCAGUACGUCUCCAACUCCCUCUUCACCGGCGGCUUCAACAGCCUCACCAGGGCCCACCUCAUGGACAAGGUCAUCGACUCCGAGGCCACCCACCCGCAGAUGGCCGGCGCCAAGGGCUCCUGCUGCGCCGUCCCAGGGUGCGAUGCUAAAGUCAUGAGCGACGAGCGCGGCGUCGACAUCCUCCCCUGCGAGUGCGACUUCAAGAUCUGCCGGGACUGCUACAUCGACGCCGUCAAGAUCGGCGGCGGCAUCUGCCCCGGGUGCAAGGAGUCUUACAAGAACACCGAGCUGGAUGAGGUCGCGGUGGACAACAAUUCUCGCCCGCUUCCGCUCCCUCCACCUGGGACCAUGUCGAAGAUGGAGCGCCGCCUCUCGCUCAUGAAAUCCACAAAAUCCGUGCUCAUGAGGAGCCAGACUGGGGACUUCGAUCACAACCGUUGGCUCUUUGAGACCAGGGGCACUUACGGCUAUGGAAAUGCUAUUUGGCCCAAUGACGGUGGCUUUGGCUCCAACAAUGGCAAGGACGAAGAUGUUCAUCAGCCUAAGGACUUGAUGUCCAAACCAUGGAGGCCUCUCACCCGUAAAUUGAAGAUACCUGCUGCUGUUAUCAGCCCAUACAGACUUCUUGUUGUCAUUCGAAUCGUCGCCCUUGGUUUGUUUUUGCAAUGGAGGGUGGCCCAUCCUAACCAGGACGCAAUCUGGCUAUGGGGGAUGUCAAUUGUCUGUGAGAUUUGGUUUGCUUUUUCUUGGCUUCUUGACCAACUUCCCAAGCUCUGCCCAAUCAACCGUGCCACUGAUCUGAAUGUAUUGAAGGAGAAAUUUGAAACCCCCACGCUAAACAACCCAACAGGAAAGUCAGAUCUUCCAGGGGUAGAUGUAUUUGUCUCCACUGCAGAUCCUGAGAAAGAACCACCUCUUGUCACUUCAAACACCAUCUUAUCCAUCUUGGCUGCCGACUACCCUGUUGAAAAGCUUGCAUGUUACGUUUCUGAUGAUGGUGGAGCACUUCUGACCUUCGAGGCCAUGGCUGAAGCUGCUAGUUUUGCCAACAUUUGGGUUCCCUUCUGCCGUAAACAUGAUAUAGAGCCUAGGAAUCCAGAGUCCUACUUUAGCCUGAAGAGGGAUCCCUACAAGAACAAAGUGAAAUCAGACUUUGUCAAGGACCGCAGAAGAGUAAAGCGGGAGUACGACGAGUUCAAGGUGCGAAUCAAUGGUUUGCCUGAUUCCAUUCGCCGUCGUUCUGAUGCAUAUCACGCACGGGAAGAAAUCAAAGCCUUGAAGCUUCAGAGGCAGAACAGGGAGGAUGAACCUGUUGAUAGUGUCAAGAUUCCAAAGGCUACAUGGAUGGCUGAUGGUACUCACUGGCCUGGCACUUGGAUGACUCCUGGACCUGAGCACUCCAAAGGAGACCAUGCUGGAAUUAUUCAGGUGAUGCUGAAACCUCCGAGCGACGAGCCACUACAUGGCGGUUCCGAUGAAGCUAAGCUCAUCGACCUCACUGAUAUUGACAUUCGUCUACCGCUUCUUGUUUAUGUUUCCCGUGAGAAGCGCCCUGGUUAUGAUCAUAACAAGAAGGCAGGAGCAAUGAACGCUCUGGUUAGAGCUUCUGCUAUCAUGUCAAAUGGCCCUUUCAUUCUCAAUCUGGACUGCGACCAUUACAUAUACAACUCUCAGGCACUAAGAGAAGGCAUGUGCUUCAUGAUGGAUCGAGGUGGGGAUCGCCUCUGUUAUGUUCAGUUCCCUCAGAGGUUCGAAGGUAUCGACCCCUCUGACAGAUAUGCCAACCACAAUACUGUCUUCUUCGAUGUCAACAUGCGUGCUCUCGAUGGACUUAUGGGACCUGUCUAUGUGGGGACGGGAUGCCUUUUCAGAAGGAUUGCUUUGUAUGGGUUUGACCCUCCUCGAUCAAAAGAUCACCAUCCAGGCUGCUGCAGCUGCUGUUUCUCCAGCCGCCGGAAGAAGCAUUCCUCAGUUGCACACACUCCGGAGGAGAAUAGGUCAUUGAGGAUGGGUGAUUCAGACGAUGAAGAAAUGAACCUCUCGCUGCUGCCCAAGAAGUUUGGUAACUCAACCUUCCUGAUCGACUCAAUCCCAGUGGCUGAGUUUCAAGGACGCCCGCUUGCUGAUCACCCAGCUAUUAAGAAUGGGCGCCCACCUGGUGCUCUGACCAUUGCACGUGAUCUUCUCGAUGCAUCUACGGUUGCUGAGGCAAUCAGUGUCAUAUCGUGCUGGUACGAGGACAAGACGGAGUGGGGUCAGCGAACUGGAUGGAUUUACGGGUCGGUCACUGAAGAUGUGGUGACCGGUUACAGGAUGCACAACAGAGGCUGGAAAUCUGUUUACUGUGUCACCAAGCGUGAUGCCUUCCGAGGCACGGCACCUAUCAAUCUCACGGACAGGCUCCACCAGGUGCUGAGGUGGGCCACUGGUUCGGUCGAGAUCUUCUUCUCCCGCAACAACGCACUGCUGGCGAGCUCAAGGAUGAAGUUUCUCCAGAGAAUAGCGUACCUCAACGUCGGUAUAUACCCUUUCACAUCGGUGUUCCUGAUCGUCUACUGCUUCCUGCCAGCGCUCUCCCUGUUCUCGGGGCAGUUCAUCGUGAACACUCUGGACGUGACGUUCCUCGUGUACCUGCUCGUCAUUUCUGUGACGCUGUGCAUGCUGGCAGUGUUGGAGAUCAAGUGGUCUGGGAUCGAGCUGGAGGAAUGGUGGAGGAACGAACAGUUCUGGUUGAUCGGUGGGACCAGCGCUCACCUGGCAGCGGUGCUCCAGGGCCUGCUGAAGGUGGUGGCCGGGAUCGAGAUCUCCUUCACUCUGACGUCGAAGUCGGGAGGGGACGACGUGGACGAUGAGUUUGCCGAUCUAUACAUAGUGAAGUGGACAUCGCUGAUGCUACCGCCGAUCGUGAUCAUGAUGGUGAAUCUGAUUGCUAUAGCGGUAGGGGUGAGCAGGACUAUAUACAGUGUGAUCCCGCAGUGGAGCAGGCUUCUUGGAGGAGUGUUCUUCAGCUUCUGGGUGCUGGCUCAUCUUUAUCCAUUUGCCAAGGGGCUGAUGGGGAGGAGAGGGAGGACGCCUACGAUUGUGUUCGUGUGGUCGGGGCUCGUCGCCAUCACCAUAUCUUUGCUCUGGGUGGCCAUCAAUCCUCCUUCCAACACUAACCAAAUUGGGGGAUCCUUCCAGUUCCCCUAAGCUACUGCUAGACCCUCCUCUUACCCAGUCACUCCUCCUCUGCAGCUUGAUUUUGACGUGAUUGCCUGCCUGCAAGUAUUCCUUCAUUAAAUUAUUACUCCUAUAUAUUGGUUCUUCUUUUAGAAAUCUUUUUCUGUAACUGUGACCAAACAAACAGAAAGAAGUAGAUGUUUUUCUAUCUUUUUUGUAAUCGAAAGUUUGAUGAUGUUAGUGUUGAUCAGUUUUACAGCAGGUGACUAAUGAAAGUUGGUUUUGCAA